ACUAGACCCGCUAUGGAACGAGUUUGACACCCCUGCCCUAAAGCCUAUAAACACAUUUGCAAAGUCACAUGGCAGGAUGAACUGUGCCAUGAAUCGGUUGAACGUCAGGGGGUGCUCUGGCGAGAGUACAGAGAAGGUUGACACUGGGCUAGUACAUGUUUGCAAUAGCUCACUGAAAAGUUUGAUAUCCCGAUGUACUAGCCAGCCACCAGAAGAUGGUGACUUCACUGCAAACUUUCAAUAUAGAUUAUUGGAUGGAUUAUAUAACAGUAUUGACUGAUGAAUUGGGAAAGUUCAGGGAGCUAAAGUUUGCUAUCUAACUGACGUUAAACCAACUAGCUAGCAAACAACACAGCCAACCUAUUGAAUCAAGUGGUUAUGGACACGGCGUGGUAACUUUACACCUCACCCACGCAUUCUUUGGAAGGCAAGCAACGCCAUUGAUAAAGGAAGGCCAUGUCCGCAACAUCAUGACAGACUGGGAAGAGGCGCUUUAGCAGCCUGACCACAAGGCAAGGAGCCAUGGAAUGGUUACAGCAGCUACCUUCCCCUGAGCACCUUGAACAGGUGAAUGGGGAAACUAGGAUUACGCUUGGGGCUAACAGCACAGGCACACUGCCCCUGUGUGGCCCAAACUCUCCACAGACCCUGGACACAGCAGCUGAUAUCAUAUGGACUGCACAGGAGGUGGAGGCAGUGGGCUCUGACUUUGGAGACCUGCUGGGGGUUGUUGAGGGCAGUGGGGCGGAGAGGUCGAGGUCCCCCAUCUCGAUGGUAUCAAGGAAUGGGACUGGCAGCCAACAGAAUGGAGGAGGAGGGGAAGAGGAGAGACUGGAGAAGGUGAAGACCAGCCACAGCAGACAAGACAGUCCAGCUGCUGCUACCAACUACACAGACCUGUCUCGCACGUCAUCUGCCUCACUGUCAGAGCAGCUGUGUUUGGGCCGGGACGAGGCCACCGGCCCUGGGAUCAACGUGGAGUGUAGGAUCUGUGGGGACAAAGCUUCAGGGUUUCACUACGGUGUGCAUGCCUGCGAGGGCUGCAAGGGCUUCUUCCGGCGGACCCUUCGGUUGAGGCUGGAGUAUGAGCGCUGUGAGAGAGCCUGUAUGAUCCUGACGAAAAACCGUAACAAGUGCCAAUACUGUCGCUUCCAGAAGUGCCUAGCCCUUGGCAUGUCACAUGAUGCGAUCCGGUAUGGGCGUAUGCCGGAGGCUGAGAAGAAGCUUAUGGCUGGCCUGCUAGCUGAGGAGCUAGAUACCCAACACCCUGGAGGCUUGGACCUCAAGACCCUUACUAAACAGGUGUACCAAGCCUACCUGCAGAACCUCAUCAUGACCAAGAAGAAGGCCCGCAGUAUCCUCACCGGCAAGACCAGCUGCACAUCGACAUUUGUGAUCCAUGAUGUGGACACCCUGUGGCAGGCAGAGAGUGGUUUAGUAUGGGACCAGUUAGUCCCGGGUGCGCCCCUCACCAAGGAGAUAGGGGUACACGUGUUCUACCGCUGUCAGUGCACCACGGUGGAGACCGUACAGGAGCUCACUAAGUUCGCCAAGAGCAUCCCAGGGUUUGUGGAUCUCUUCCUUAACGACCAGGUAACACUACUGAAGUAUGGCGUCCACGAGGCCAUCUUCGCCAUGCUGCCCUCCCUCAUGAACAAAGAUGGCCUCCUGGUGGCCAACGGGAAGGGCUUUGUGACCCGGGAGUUCCUGAGGAGCCUCCGUAAACCCUUCAGUGAGAUCAUGGAGCCCAAGUUUGAGUUUGCUGUGAAGUUCAAUGCUCUGGAGCUGGAUGACAGUGACCUGGCUCUGUUCGUGGCCGCUAUCAUCCUGUGUGGAGACCGUCCAGGGCUGAUGAACGUGAAGCAGGUAGAACAGAGUCAGGAUGGUAUUCUCCAGGCUAUGGACCAGCACCUACAGGAAAACCACCAGGACUCCCUCUUCCCCAAGCUGCUGAACAAGAUGGCCGACCUCAGACAGCUGGUCACAGAGAACACCCUGCUGGUGCAGAAGAUCAAGAAGACCGAGUCUGAGACCUCUCUGCACCCACUACUACAGGAGAUCUAUAAGGACAUGUACUGACUGGACCGGACUGAACCUGUACAGACUGGACUAAAACGGAUUGGACUGGACUGAAACAGAUCAGACCUGUACUGACCGGAAUAAACUGGACUAGAACUUGCUGCACCUACUACUGCAGUAGAACUACAAGGACAUGUACUGGUCACCUCAAAAGAAGUGCACUAUAUAGGGAAUAGGGGGCCAUUUGGGACGCACCUGAGUCUGAGCCCUCGCUGCACCUGCUACUACAGCAGAUCUAUAAAUAUAUGAACUGACUGGAUUAGAUAGGAACUGGACUAAACCGGAUUAAACUGGACCAGACCGGAUCUCGCUGCCCCCAGUACUACUUCUUCAUAAGCACAACUACAGACUGUUCAAUUUAAUACAACUUUAUUGUCCCCUUAGGGCAAAUACUGACUGUGGUUCAUAGCAAUACAUGACAUUAUGAUGUUGUGUAUAUAUUAAUGUACAUUUCACAUGUAUAUAUUUAGUGCAUUCGGAAAGUAUUCAGACCCUUCCCUUUU